AUGGUACGCGGUAUCAGGCUAGGCUCUCCGCCUCGCCCCCCUCAAACGUAUCACAUGCAAGAGCGUUAUGCUCAGCACAAGCGCAAGUCCAGAUGGUGCAAACGCCCACCGCUUCGUUUCGUCUUGAUCUGGGCCGCCUUUGUAUUUGUAUUGACGGUGCUGUACAAGGUUUCCCAUGACACCAUUCGCCAACCCCUAAGCGGGUACAAGAUUGGGUGGCAAGCUCAUGACAAGAUCAGCGUCAGACCGGAUCUGAAAUCCAUCAGUCAAGCUCAAAAUGGAGAAGCGUCGAAUGGGGCAACAGCACAGGAAGCUUGGGAUUCUGAAGCGCUAGAUUCAAGCUUGGAUCCUUCAUUUCCUCUGGACGCAUAUGCUCCGCUCCUUCCCAAUCCUGCGCCCAUCACGGACAUCACCGUAGAGAGCUGCAGCCUACUGAGCCUGGGCCCUUGUUUGCCUCGUUCCUCGCAGCUCAAGGAAGCCAAUCUAGGUCGCUGGGUUCGCGUGGAAAGGCCGCUGGGCGCUGACACGGCCGCGCAAAAGGGAAGAGGCGCUUUGGGCGGUGGGGUGUUUGACAAGCUUUUUGGAAACAUCGAGGUGAGUUCGUGGCUUGUAUGCGUGCAAUGUGCGAUUGUUGCUCAGACUGCGCAUCUGCGCCACAGAGUCGCUACAUCUUCUACCGCCGCUCGCGUCGAGCAGGCGUUAGAAAAGUCGUAGACGUCAAGAUAGUCAAGGCGAACCAGCCGGCCCCAGGAACGCGCGAACAAGGAUGGCACAGGACCAAGAAGGACCUUGGCACGCCGUUCUUCAGAAUGCUGGGCACAGGCGAAGAAGUACAUCUAUGGUUUCAAACCGUCGGCGGACACAAGGGAGAUGAUGAAGAAGACGAUGCUCCAAUAGCAUCUCCUGGUCAGCAUCACAACAGACCCGGCCACACGAUGGAUGACAUGUUCAAAGAGAUCGACGACGAAUUCAGACACAUGAUUGCUGGCGAUGGAAAGGGCAAGACAGAAGUGAUAGAGAUUAUCGGUCGAGAGAAGGGCAAGCAAUUGGGCAAGGUUGCAAGGGAAACGCUAUCGAGGCAGUCAACGCAGCAAGAUGCCAUCACUGAGAUUGACCUUGUCGUAAGUGCUAGCCCCGUACUGACUUCUGAGCGGUGCUGACGGCAGUCGUCAACUCUCGUAGUAUGGCCAAAACGAGGCCUUUCCCGGCUUUACGAUUGUUGGGCAAAUCAGCCCGGCAAAGCCUUCCAUGUCGAUGGUCAGCGUCAGCUUGGCUGUCAGGCGUCGACCCGAGCCUGAUCCGACCAGCCCGAUCGCGCCGACUUUCCAUCAAGAUGGAAAGUUCAAGGUGCGUUCGGCAUAUCGUGUCUCCAAGGAUAUGCGCGCGUCAUCUGACCUCUGCGCAAUCAUUUUCAAGAUCAUGCAAAUCGCAGAUUUGCACUUUUCCACCUCGCCUGAACCAUGCCGUGACACUCUUAUCACGCCCUGCAACGCCAAGACAAUGACGGACUUGAUGGGACAAUGGCUGGACGAAGAAAAGCCAGACCUUGUCGUCUUCAGCGGCGAUCAGCUCAAUGGACAGGGGACGUCUUGGGAUGAGCGAAGCGUAUUGGCUACUUAUCUUAAGCCUGUCAUUGAUAGAAAGAUCUUGUGGACCAGCAUCAUGGGCAACCAUGAUUCUCAAGUGAGUAGAGAUGAGAGCGCCGCGUAUUCGUUCUGAGCAAGCUUCUGACAUCCACGUGGUCUCCCCCGCCUCCGUGCUUGACCAGACCGGCGUGCUGACGCGUAGGGAGCUGCAACUCCUCUUGAGUCACAUGCCAUACUCACUCGCACGCGCUGGCCCGGCCAAUCUCCACAAUGGCACAGGGGCCGGCAACUACUACAUCCACCUCCGGGCGCCUACGCCGGGUAAGUCAUGGUGACACAAAUGCCCCUCAUCUGAAUGAAGGUCGCUGACUCUGACGGAACCGCGUGGCUUCCCAGACGCCACACAUUUGUUCUCAUUAUACUUUCUCGACAGCGGUGUCAAGGCGCCCGUGGCGGGAAUGGGAAGCCUGUUGCCUUGGUCUUUCUUCGGCAUCAGUGCGUCGAAAGGCUAUGACUGGGUGCGAAAGGAUCAGAUCCAGUGGCUGCUGGAUCAGAGCCGAAAGGUCGUCAAGCAUAUUGUUCCCUACAAGCCCGACGGUGGCAAAGGUGAGCUCGCGGGGCUUUCAUAGUGCGACUGGAACUUCGAUCGCUCAUGCUCGCCACGUCCAUUGCCUCAGAUCUAGGUCGUAUCUGGGCCCAGCGGAGACAAGAUCAAGACUACUCCAGACUUGUCACAACCAGGCGCAGCGACAUCAGACGAGACGACAAGACCUGGGACGCGCACGCUGCCCAGGGAAGCGGUGGCAGAAAACCUCCUGCGUUGCUUUGGGUUCACAUCCCUUUGCCGGAAUUGUGAGCCAGAGUGGCACGCAAGCGUUACGUAUUCGAUUACUUUCUCAUGUCCGUGCCUUAUCUGCAGCUUCUCCCCUGUCGACAAGAAUGAGCUGGGUCAAGAUAUGAUCAUUGGGCCGCCUCAGGGCGAGACAUCCGGUAUCAAAGGUGAGUCAAGGACACCUCUAACACUGGCCUGGAUCCGGUUGCUGACGCUGUUUCGCUGUUCACAGGCGCACAAAAGGAGGGCGGCCUGUAUGAUGCCUUGCAAGGGCAAGGUGCCGAAAAUGACGUGGUCGGCGUGCUUUCGGGUCACAUGUAAGUCUUGACCAAAAGCUCUUGCCAUCGCGAGAGAAAGUGCUCAGACUGAUCUGCGGCUCCAACCUCAUUCAGGCACGAGAAUGCAGACUGUCGGCGUAUCAAGGGGAUCUGGAUGUGCUUCAACGGCGGAAGCUCUUUGUUGGGAUACGGCAGCACCAAGAUGGAGCGACGUGUUAGGAUCAUCGAGCUGGAACAGUGGGGCGAAAAGAUCAACACUUGGCACAGGUACGAACGCACCAGGGGCAGGCUUGAUGAAGCGACACUUUGGGAAAUGUUUCCGGCCAAGGGCAAGCAUUGA